UGAUGUGGUACAAUCGCCACACAAGGCGGUACAUAACACCAGAGUCUGCGUAUUGGGAACUCAUGGUUCGGACGAUGAUUAGGUCUAUACCGAGGUGCGAUGAAGGUUCUGACAUGCACACUGACCUUACAUUUACACUAGAGCUUGUGGAGGAGCUAGGCCGACUUAAAUUGGCGAAUGCGCUUGCAGAAGCAGUUGACAUUGAUACACAGGCCCCAGUUCGUGGCGGGCAACGUGGUGGGUCUCGUGGGGGUGGACAUCGUGGAGGUGGUCAAGCUGGUCGCAGCCGUACGACCGAGUCGGCUCCCAUCUACGAGGAAGGGAAUGAGGAGGGUGUAGAAGAGGCAUGGCUUGGCACUGAUUGGGUACUGUCUGAUGACGACGGCAGGACUCCGCGAUGCACGCCUGGCGAUGGUGCUGGGCCAUCCCAUACCGUCGAUCAUCAGGGCACUGUUCCAGCCCACACUACAUCCCAUGGUGCUAGCACGGACUUUGAGGGCCCUCCUCGUAUGUCGCCCCCAGUUUUCAGUGGAUCUGCCCAUGAUGGUGGAUGCAUAUUUGUCCCCACACCAGGCAUGCCCACCCCACCUCUAGUGCAUGUGGACCCCACCAUGUCAGCUCCAUCUCAAACCCCCCACGGAGAGGCUGUACAGAUUGAGCAGAUACCGGCUGAGGACAUUGAGCCGGUGGAGGCUUUGCGGAGAUCGCGACGCCCGCGUGCGCAUGCUCCCGAUUGCGGGACCGGUGAUGGUAAGAUUAGACCUGUCAGGGCAUAUGGGCGGAAACGAAAACAUCAUUAAAUGCCUUAGUGUAUGCUUAUACUUCCUGCCUAUAGGCCAUUGAGCUGGAUUGUCCUUGUGUGCUUAUUCUUCAUGUGUAUAGGUGACUGGAAUAAGCAUGCAAAAUGUUCUACUAAUUGGGGAGAAUCUUGGUGGCUGUGCAUCUAUUUCUGGAUCAUUGCUUGGGGAGAAUACUGGCUGUCAAUGUGUUUGUUGUCAAGAAAUUGAUAUUUUGGAGAAAACCCAUAAGGCGUAUUGUAUUUAUUGAUGUAUUAGGAAGUUUUUCUGCACUUGGAGUUUUGAUUGCAAUUUGACAAAUGUCUGGAUUGGUAUUCAUUUGAAGCCAAACUUUCUUGUGUUUUUGUAUGUUGUUAGCUACAGUAAAGUGGGUUGUAAGAGAGUAAUUUGUUUUUUUAUUU